AUGGAGAUUUAUUCCCCAGACAUGUCUGAGGUAGCUGGCGGGAGGUCCUCCAGCCCCUCCACUCAGCUGAGUGCAGACCCAUCUCUGGACGGGCUUCCGGCCGAGGAGCACAUGCCAGACACCCACACUGAAGACGGGAGAAGCCCUGGACUCUUGGGCCUGGCCGUGCCCUGCUGUGUGUGCCUGGAAGCUGAGCGUCUGAGAGGGUGCCUCAACUCAGAGAAGAUCUGCAUUAUCCCCAUUCUGGCUUGCCUAAUCAGCCUCUGCCUCUGCAUUGCCGGCCUAAAGUGGGUAUUUGUGGACAAGAUAUUUGAAUACGACUCUCCUACUCACCUUGACCCUGGGGGGUUAGGCCAGGACCCUGUUAUUUCCUUGGAUCCAAGUGCUGCCACAGCUGUUUUGGUGUCCUCUGAGGCAUACACUUCACCUGUCUCUAGGGCUCUGUCUGAACCCGGGGUUCAUGUUACAGUGCAAGUUGACAAUGUUGCUGUGGCCUCUGAACCUUCAGCAGGACCAACCCGGAAGAAUCGCCUGUCUGCUUUUCCUCCCUUACUGUCUACGGCACCACCUUUCCCUUCUCCAUCUCGGACCCCCGAGGUGAGAACACCCAAGUCAGCAACUCAGCCUCAAACAACAGAAACUAAUCUCCAAACUGCUCCUAAACUUUCCACGUCUACAUCCACAACAGGGACCAGCCAUCUUGUAAAGUGUGCGGAGAAGGAGAAAACUUUCUGUGUGAAUGGUGGCGAGUGCUUCAUGGUGAAAGACCUGUCAAACCCUUCGAGAUACUUGUGCAAGUGCCCAAAUGAGUUUACUGGUGAUCGUUGCCAAAACUACGUAAUGGCCAGCUUCUACAUGACUUAUAGGAGAAAAAGGCAAGAAACAGAGAAGCUUCUAGAAAGAAAAUUGGAUCAUAGCCCUGUGAAAGAAACGAGGAAGGAACAUCUUGGGAUUGAAUUUAUGGAAGCGGAGGAACUCUACCAGAAGAGAGUGUUGACAAUUACUGGCAUCUGUAUCGCCCUGCUGGUGGUCGGCAUCAUGUGUGUGGUGGCCUACUGCAAAACCAAGAAACAGCGGCAAAAGCUCCAUGAUCGGCUUCGGCAGAGCCUUCGAUCGGAACGGAACAACAUGGGGAACAUAGCCAAUGGGCCUCACCAUCCAAACCCACCACCAGAGAACGUGCAGCUGGUGAAUCAAUACGUAUCUAAAAACGUCAUCUCCAGUGAGCAUAUUGUUGAGAGGGAAGCAGAGACAUCCUUUUCCACCAGCCAUUACACUCCCACAACUCAUCACUCCACGACUGUCACCCAGACUCCUAGUCACAGCUGGAGUAAUGGGCACACAGAAAGCAUCAUUUCAGAAAGCCACUCUGUAAUCAUGAUGUCGUCAGUAGAAAACAGUAGGCACAGCAGCCCAGCUGGGGGCCCACGAGGACGUCUUCAUGGCCUGGGAGGCCCUCGCGAAUGUAACAGCUUCCUCAGGCAUGCCAGAGAAACCCCUGACUCCUACCGAGACUCUCCUCAUAGCGAAAGGUAUGUAUCAGCCAUGACCACCCCGGCUCGUUUGUCACCUGUAGAUUUCCACACGCCAAGCUCCCCCAAAUCGCCCCCUUCGGAAAUGUCUCCACCUGUGUCCAGCAUGACGGUGUCCAUGCCCUCCAUGGCAGUUAGCCCCUUUGUGGAAGAAGAGCGGCCGCUGCUCCUUGUGACGCCACCAAGGCUCCGAGAGAAGAAGUACGAUCAGCAUCCCCAGCAUCUCAACUCCUGUCAUCACAACCCUGCACAUCAGAGUACCAGCCUCCCCCCUAGCCCAUUGAGGAUAGUGGAGGAUGAGGAGUACGAAACAACGCAGGAGUACGAGCCAGUUCAAGAGCCUGUUAAGAAACUCACCAACAGCCGGCGGGCCAAAAGAACCAAGCCCAAUGGCCACAUUGCCAAUAGGUUGGAAAUGGACAGCAACACAAGUUCUCUGAGCAGUAACUCAGAAAGUGAGACAGAAGAUGAAAGAGUAGGUGAAGAUACACCAUUCCUGGGCAUACAGAACCCCCUGGCAGCCGGUCUUGAGGUGGCCCCUACCUUCCGUCUGGCUGAUAGCAGGACUAACCCAGCAGGCCGCUUCUCCACACAGGAAGAAUUACAGGCCCGGCUGUCUAGUGUAAUCGCUAACCAAGACCCUAUCGCUGUAUAAAACCUAAAUAAACACAUAGAUUCACCUGUAAAACUUUAUUUUAUAUAAUAAAGUAUUUCACCUUAAAUUAAACAAUUUAUUUUAUUUUAGCAGUUCUGCAAAUAGAAAACAGGAAAAAAACUUUUAUAAAUUAAAUAUAUGUAUGUAAAAAUGUGUUAUGUGCCAUAUGUAGCAAUUUUUUACAGUAUUUCAAAAACGAGAAAGAUAUCAAUGGUGCCUUUAUGUUAUGUUAUGUCGAGAGCAAGUUUUAUACAGUUACAGUGAUUGCUUUUUCACAGUAUUUCAGCAAAACCUCUCAUAGAUUCAGUUUUUGCUGGCUUCUUGUGCAUUGCAUUAUGAUGUUGACUGGAUGUAUGAUUUGCAAGACUAGCAGCUGUCCCUCUGUUUGCUUCCAGUAGCGCCCAACCAGUACUGUCUUGAAAUGGCACAUCCGUCCAAAUACUCCUCUAUUUUGUAUGAUGUCUUUGCUUUCCGAAUAUGAGAUGAGUUCUCUCUACUCUGUCAGCCAAAGGUUUGCUUCACCGAGCUCUGAGAUAAUAGUAGACCCAACAGCAUGCUACUAUUACAUAUAGCAGAGAACUGCAUUAAGUAAUGUUAAAAGUUAGGAAGAAAGUAAUACUGUGAUUUUUAAAAACAAACUAUAUUAUUAAUCAGAAGACAGCUUGCUCUUGCUAAAAAAGGAGCUACCAUUGACUUUAAUUUUACCUUUUUAGUUGUUGUUCUUGACAAAGGGUAACAGCUUCAAGUACAGCUUAGAAAGUGGGUUCUGGCUUGCUAUCAGGAUAAAUCUAACAACUUAGACAGGACUCAAUUUCACUUUCUCUCUGGGGGACUGAUCCAGCAGCUCAUCUGUUGACCAACCAACCACAGCUGCUAAAGGUGCAAUCCUUUCUGACAUAUUUUUUUAACUGACUGGUUGAACCCUCUUCACGGCUCCAGAAGAGGCACAUCAUGUCAUGAAGCCCCAAGAGUACACUCAGCCAUCUGUCCAAACCACUUGUAGAGUACAAUGUGCCUGUAGUACAUAGCGGUGACUUGGCCAUUGUAGGAAAAUGUUCCACUUGUAGAAUGUUUAGAAGGAGUGAAUGUGUAGAAGUCACAAGGGGAAAAGCAGCUCUGCAACCCAGUUGACAUCUUAAAAGUUUGGUUGGCCACACCUUUCUCCCCAUUAUGUUUCUCUUAUGUUCGACAUUGCCUUGAUUAAGUCAUAACUAUGCAUGAAUAUUUUUUGCCAGGAAUGGCCAAUGUGCAUGUGAUUUGUGAUGAGCAAGAACUUUCCACAGUGAUGCCUCACUAGGGAAUGUCAAUAGUAUUGGGAAGAUUGCACCUUUUCUUGCAGAAGUGACCCCCACCUGUGGACUGAUCUCUCUCCAUAGAUAGCCUGUAUCUUUCAUUUCUCCUCUCUUAGUAUUUUUUCCCAUACUGUCUCAACAGCAGGACUAAGAUUGAUUUAAACUCUGUAUGUUCUCUUAUGAUUGUAAAGCCAACGAAUGCUUAUGGAUAUUAACAUAUGAACAACUGUUGGUACAGAAAGAAAAAUUGGGGGAGGGGGAUAAUCCCUUAGAACCUUUUAUAUUCCCUUCCUGUUAUCUGUCAAUCAGGACUGGACCUUAUUGAGUUUCUAAGUAGGCUCCUAGGAGUCACAUAUGGGAAAAUGGGAAAUAGUUGAACAGGGGAUUGACAAAGUCAAUGACAAUUAUUGAUUCUUGUUCCCAGUUGAACCGAAUCUAUUUUCUAUACCGAAUCUUUGUAUAAGUCAAGGGAAGUAAUAACACACAGGUAGGUCUCAGAAGAACACUGAAGGCUGACCACAAGUCCAUGUGUUACACUCCUCCAUGUUUCUAAGAGAAGCUUGUCUGUUAGUAUUUGAUGUCUCACAUUUCUGGUCACUUUUCACGGGACAGCUUCUCUGUGCUCAGAGUGUUGUCCUCCUUUGCUUCUUAGCCAUCCAGAAUAAUGCCUGCUGGUGAAAGCCUCACUGGCUUCCCAAUGCUGCAGAUGGUCAACUCUUCACAGGGAGGAAAAGUCAGCAAGCUUGAAGAUACUCUCUCUACUUUAUAUUGACUUUGAAGGCCUUGACUCACCUAUCAUUCAAUAAAGAAAGUUCUUUACUGUUAUCUUAAAACUCUUAAAAAUUCAGUUCCUAGUUAGGUGGUCACUGGGGUAUUGAGAAAGUCCCUUCUUAAAAAAAAAAUAGACUCUCCUGAUUAAAAACAACGAGCAGCAUUUUACUAGCAUAAAAAGCUCUAUAAAUUUGCAAAUUGCAAAUAUAUGUGAUCUUUUUUUCUUUUGUGCUUGAUCUGGCAAUCCACACUUGUCUUAUUAGUUGAGAAAGCCUUUUCUCUAAGAGAACCUAGCUUUCUUGAUGAGAACAGGCAUUUGGCUUCUCGGGGCUACCUGAUGUAGCCUCUAGAUUUAUGUUUUAGGGAUGUCUCUACAAUGCUUCGCUGCCAGGUCUCACUCAACCAUCCUGUUUAUAAAUCCAGGCAGAGCUGUAGCAAUGCAAAAGAAUGCACACCUGUGUUCCUGGCAUGUGUGAAGAUGCCUUGCAUUUUAAGGGAGUACAGAUUACUCAGAAUUUAACAACAACUUUGUUUCUUGAGUCUGAAAUCAAAACUACUGAGAAUUACAUAGCAAGGUAUAGUAGACACCAAAUUCCUUUUGUAUUUACUCAAGAUUUGUUUUCUGUCCUGCUUUGUGCUCUUUUUCUCCCCCUACUUUCAAGAGUGCCUGGUGGACAGCCUUCUGCUUUCUACAAAAUGGUCCUCUGUGUAAGAGAGAAUGUAUCUCAAGCAGCAAUAUGCCAUCUCUUUCUUGUUUCUGUGUGACUGUCUAUACAGGUGGAGUCUAUCCAGGGUAACUUUCUCUGUUAUCUAUUCCUCUUUUGGCCUGAGGUUGAAGGUAUAUGGCUCCUACAAGUGAAUAAGGAAGAUCUGACCUUCUCUUUUAGUCCUAGCUGCAUUCCAGCAGCUGCAGGGAUUUCUAUCCAUUAAGAUCCAUGACACACUAUCAAGAAAUGCAGGCAAAAUGAAAUGGCCACAAAUCACAAUUUCUAUUAUAUAUUCUUUUGUAAAUACAUAUUGUAUAGU